CUAGGCGUGGUUUAAUUUUGAAUUGAGUGCCAUGCAUAUAUAUAAACACUCUCUGAUACAAUAUACAUGUUCAAAAUUUCAACAAAAUACUUGCAAUAUCUAUCAAUUUAUAUUUGAGUUGAGGUUCAUACAUAUAUAUAUAUAUAUAGUCUUACUAUUUAGUAGAAAUUAUAUAUAUAUGGCUGAGGAUCAAGAUAUGUAUACAAAGGAUGGAACUACUGAUUUUAAAAACAGGCCUGCUCUCAAGAAACAAACUGGAACCUGGAAAGCUUGUCCAUUCAUUCUUGGGAAUGAAUGCUGUGAGAGAUUAGCUUAUUAUGGGAUGAGUACAAAUCUAGUGAAUUAUCUAACAUCUCGAUUAAAUCAGACAAAUGUGGCUGCAGUUAAUAAUGUGACAAACUGGUCAGGCACAUGUUAUGUUACACCCUUGAUUGGGGCAUUUUUAGCUGAUGCCUACCUUGGAAGAUAUUGGACCAUUGCAUCUUUCUCAAUCAUUUAUGUGUUUGGAAUGAUAUUAUUGACAUUAUCAGCUUCUGUUCAAGGACUAAAACCAUCAUGUGAUGACCAAAAUGUAUGCCAUGCCAAGGGAUCACAAGCCACAUUUUUCUUUGUAGGACUUUACCUUAUAGCUCUAGGAACAGGUGGAAUAAAGCCCUGUGUUUCAUCUUAUGGGGCCGACCAAUUCGACGAUUCUGAUGAGGCUGAAAAGGAGAAGAAAAGCUCUUUCUUUAACUGGUUUUACAUGUCAAUUAAUAUUGGUGCUCUUGUUGCUUCUUCAGUGCUUGUUUGGAUACAAACAAAUGUGGGAUGGAGCUGGGGAUUCGGUAUUCCAGCCGCAGCCAUGGCUAUUGCGGUCAUGAGCUUCUUUUUAGGUACAAAACUGUAUAGAAAUCAGAGGCCUAUUGGGAGUCCAUUAACAAAGAUAUGCCAAGUGAUUGUGGCUUCAUUUAGAAAGGUGAGAGUUGAAGUGCCUAAGGAUAAGUCUCUUUUGUAUGAGACUGUGGAUGAUGAAUAUGCUGUUAAAGGUAGCCGAAAACUUGAUCAUACAAACCAAAUGAGUUUUUUUGACAAGGCAGCAGUGGAGACUGCAUCAGAUGUGAAAAAGGAGUCAGCAAUGAACACAUGGAGAUUAUGCACUGUAACACAAGUUGAGGAGCUCAAGUCCAUACUAAGGUUGCUCCCCAUAUGGGCAACAAGUAUAAUUUUCUAUGCUGCCUAUAGCCAAAUGGGAACCUUAGUUGUUCUACAAGGAAACACCAUGGACCUUCAUGUGACCAACUCCUUCCAAAUUUCAUCAGCCUCUCUCUCCCUCUUUGACACCAUAAGUGUCAUCUUUUGGGUCCCAGUUUACGACUGUUUAAUCGUGCCAUUCGCCAGAAAAUUCACCGGUCACAACAAUGGCUUCACUCAGCUACAACGAAUGGCAAUUGGCUUUGUGAUCUCCACAUUUUCCAUGUUUGUUGCAGGGACACUAGAGUUUGUGAGACUAAGGGAGGUGAAAAAACACAAUUACUAUGAGCUAAAACACAUUCCCAUGUCAAUUUUUUGGCAAGUUCCUCAGUAUUUCAUUUUAGGUUGUGCUGAGGUUUUUACCAUCAUUGGGCAGCUGGAGUUCUUCUAUGAGCAAGCUCCAGACACUAUGAGGAGUCUUUGUUCAGCUCUUGCACUCACAACCAAUGCCUUGGGAAGCUAUUUGAGUACUUUUCUAGUCACUGUAGUAACUGACUUAAGUACUAGAAAUGGGAAGCUUGGAUGGAUACCAGACAACUUGAACUAUGGUCAUGUUGAUUAUUUCUUCUGGUUUUUGGCUCUGUUGAGUGUGCUUAAUUUUCUUGUGUUUCUUUUGGUGGCCAAGUGGUAUACUUACAAAAAGCCACUAUAAUUAGCUGAUUAAAAAGUUAUUCAAUACUCUGCAAGUUUAUGCAAUAUUUAGUUCCUUACUAUAUAUAUUUUUAUAUAUAUAAACUGUUCAAUACAUUUUUAAGUAUGCAGUAUAGCAUAGGUAUGCUCUUGUUUAUU